AUAUUCAGUGUUUCUGUCUUAAGAGUUUGUUUUGAAGUCGUCGGGCGGAAGUAGUUGUCCUCGCUGAAGUUGACCUGACAGUGGGAAAAAGUAGUGAGGGGGCGUUCGUCCAAACAAACAAACAGGAAGAAACUGAGAAAACAAGACCCUCGCGACCUUUUUUGUAUCAAACAUUUAUGGGACAUACACGGGACAUUUUUACCUGUCCCGGAGGACUUUCUGUGCUUGUUUUUCCAGUCCGCAGUCAGCGCAGUUUGACGCAGAAGAGGAAGGCGGAGGGCUAGGCUAGCAGAUUAGCAUAACACGACAAGCUCAGCGACCAAGCCAUCCUAAAAACACAUUAUUUAAUUUAUUCUCUGAAUUAACCGAACGUCUAGUUGUGGAUUCAGUCUCCACAUAUGGGCGCCAAAAGUCAACAUUAAAUGCACAUGUUCAUCGGUAAACUGAAUGCUAAAGUUCCUGCACCAGCGACUCCAGUGAAGUAGCGCCUGUCACCAGCAAAGAUGUAACGCAAAAAGAUAUUUGGGCAGAACAGACAUUGAUUUGACUCAUAAGACUGGACUGUGGACGGACUCACACACCUUUCAUGAUUGAUAUGCUUGUUUUAACGAGGCUAAGUUGGGUCUGAAACGCACUUGAUGUAGUUUGAUGCGACUUUUAGGCGAGUAUCAACAUGGAGCCAGCGGAGGACGCCUUACAUAACGCCCUCACCUUGGCAGAGGAUCGGCUCAGCGCGGCCUCACAUCGGCUUUGACAGCUCCAAACCCCGAAACAAAACGCCUCGAACCAGGGAAACGACAGGAUAGCACCCGCCAGCCAGGGCAUGCAACAGAGGGACAUGUAAGACUUCCAACCACUGACGGAAGCGGGAGUGACAACGGGCUGAAGAUGGAGUCAAACCCACUGAUAAACUCGAUGGACCCCUCAAUCACACUGUGGCAGUUUUUGCUCCACCUGCUGGAGGACCAGAGUCAGCGUCACCUGAUCUCGUGGACGGGCUGUGGGUCUGAUGGAGAGUUCAAACUACUGGACGCUGAGGAGGUGGCACGAUUGUGGGGCCUCCGCAAGAACAAGCAUAAUAUGAACUACGACAAGCUGAGCCGGGCGCUGCGCUAUUACUACGAUAAGAACAUUAUCAAGAAAGUGAGUGGGCAGAAGUUUGUUUACAAAUUUGUGAGUCAGAUCGAUCCCUCAACCACAGACCUGUCCCGGUCCAAUAUUGAGGAAAAGCGUGACACUGUUGACUGCAACGGCCAGUUAAAAGGUCUAGUGGGCGGGACAAUAACCUGUCAAUCAAAGGGCUUACCACAGCGGACCUGUGUUCCUCCCAUUUCCCAAAAGAGCUCUUCACGGAAUGACUACAUGAAGUCCGGCCUGUACUCCACCUUCACCAUCCAGUCGCUACAGACCACUCCCACACAGCUCUUCAGCCAGCCAAUCAAAACAGACCGGCCCAAUCAGCAGCUAAUUAAAACAGACCGAACCAACCAGCAGUCAGUUAAAGCAGAGCAGCUCUUACUGCAACAGCAGCCCCCGGACCCAGUCGCUCCAGUGGACAGAAUGCCAAGAGAGGUCUGUGUGGUGCCAGAGCCCCGUCCAGCGUCUGUAGGUGGCGCUGUGGACACUGGUUUACAGGUGAUCGUCACUCAGCCUUCUCCAUGUCCCACACCUGCCCUGAGCCCUCACAGCAAUGGACUUUCACAGUCUCCAGCCCUCGAGCCCCCUCAGAUCUUCCUGACCAGUGUGGGGGACUCCUUGACCCCUUUACUGUCACUGGGGCCAUCAUCUGUGGGCCCCAGCUCUGUGCCUCACCCUCCUGAGGACUACAGCUCAGCCCCACAACCUCCACACCCACUCUUCCUCAUCAUCAACCCCCCUCCACAGAACCAAACUGCACUCCCCCAAAACCAGGGUCCAGUCCCCCAGACCCAUCACAGCCCUACCCAGGGACAGACUCACUCCCUUGGUCAGACCCCAGCACAGCCCACCCCCCAGCCCCAGCCCCAGCCCUCCAUCGUGGUUAAAGAUGAGGACAUACGGGGCCCAACAGAAGGACUUCUGGAGAUGGUGGCUCUGGAGGAAAAACGUGUGGAACAAGUCCCUCAACUUCUCUGCAACUCUGAACCGGAGCCCACAUUAAGAAUCGUGGAGACUCAGCCUACUUCCUGUAUGGAUCCUGGGGUCAGAGUUCAGCAGACAGAAGGGACAGAGCAAGGGGAGACCACACCCAAGAAUGCAGGCCCUACAGAGCCAGUGGUUUCUGCACCUUCCUGCUCCUCCUCCUUCUCCUCCUUCUCCCCCUCCUCCUCCUCCUCCUCUUCCUCUUCCUCCUCUUCCACCUCUUCUUCUACUGUCUCUGUGUCUACCGCCUCUGAGAGCGCCCCGUCCAGACCAAAGAAACCCAGAGGUCUUGAGCUGCCGUCAGCACCCACACUGCCACCUGGACUGUCUUUGGACAAGGUGAAUGCAGCGGUGAACAGUUUACUGGCUCCUGGAUCCAGCACCAACACACUGACGCCGACUGUCAUCACCUCACAUGCACUGACGCCUGUACUGCUGACCCCAAGUCCUCUGCCCUCCACCAUCCACUUCUGGAGCACACUCAGCCCCAUUGCCCCUCGCUCUCCUGCUAAACUCUCCUUCCAGUUCCCAACCAAUGGCAGUAACCAGAUACACAUUCCUGCUCUCAGCGUCGAUGGUCUGUCCACUCCAGUGGUUCUCUCCCCUGGGCCCCAGAAACCCUGAAUCUGUGCCCAGAAACCAGGCUUUUCUCUGGGCAUGGAUCGUCUUUGUGGCCUCCAUUUUUCUGGUUGUGAUUACCCACAAUCCCAGAGGCUGUUGUUGAGUCCUCUUGCUCUGUUUUUCUGGACCCCCACUCUGAGCAAGUGUGUGCCUCAACACCGAGCUCCUCUCUGGGCAUAACUUAACGGGACCAGUCCAUGUUUCCUCUGAGCUCCAUGGACUGAUACAACCAGACAACUUAAGUGUUGUUUCUGGUGUCUGAUUUUGUCAUUUGGAUACAGUUAUCGUUUAGUUUCUUUUGCACCAUUUAGCUGGAAAUUUAAAGGAUUACAAACUAUUCUUUGGCGAGGUAUUACAAACUGGAAGAAGCAGCAUUUUUACUGGAAAUCUGAGUCAAAAUCUGGGCCCUUUUUUUUACAGAUUUUGUGCUGAGGAAAUGGAAACGUUUUGAUUUGAAAGUUAAUUACAGAGUAUUGAGACUUCUUUCUCACUGGAUGUUUUUCAGAAGCGUUUUGGUUACAUUUGUGGAGAUGACGUCCGACUGUUUACAAAGUAUUUCUCAAGUAUGCUUAGAGAGAUUUAGAAAAAAAACAAGAACUUCAGAGCCAUUUUAAAUGGUUGGCUUGGCCUUGAUGGGCCUCAUUUGGACUAUGCCUCUGUCCUGCAUGGUCAUCGGGACUUUUAUGAAGCAGCGAAUCUCAGAGCCACGUAUGAACUAUUUCCAUUUGUUAUUUUAGUUUAACAUUCCUCUUUUUUAACUGUUUGUACAUUGGUUUAAUUGUAAGAAGAUUGGGUCAAGUUCAGUUCUAUCUGUUCGUUGUCAUUUCUAAUCUUUUUUCAUCAUUCUGCAAAGAAGUGCUGUUCUGCAGAGACAUGCACAGCUUUUCAGUGUAAUUUUAUACAAACAUUGAACACUGUCUGCAAACAAGUUUUUAUUUAAUUUCUAAAUAACAAAGCCUGGUCAUCCUGCCCCUCCCACUUAAAGCUUUUAGAGCAGUAGAGUCUGAGCAUGGAUAUAUGUAUAUAUUUAUAUCUGGGUGCCUCUCAGCUCAAUUUGGUUUGAAUUCAAAUUAAAAAUUAAAACAGUGCAUCUCUGAAUAUUUUGUUAUUAUGUAUUUUAUUUCAGAUUCAAUCAAUUGUAGAAAAUAUUAAAAUAAACCAACAUAUGCAAAAUAAAUAAAGAUAUAUUAAUAUAUUAUAUGGUAAGAUUAUUUAUCCACAAUAAGUAAGUAAAUACAGAUUUUAUUAUGAACCAUUAUUUUAGAUUUUAUUAUUGUGCACUUUUUAAACUCCUUUUAAACUGAAAAUGAUGAGAAAUUGUUUUGUUUUCACUCAAAACUUGACCAAAGGGAGAGCAGUAGUAGGAGAAGUUGGGGUGACCAGGCUAACACGAGGCUAACAGGAGUAGUUUUGAUUUGGUUUGGUGGUGGUUUCUUGCUUUGUCUCUGUUCAUGUACUGCACCUGUCUCUUGCUGCACCUGUCUCUUCUUGAUUCUUGAGCUCUGACUGUUGAACCUGUCGCUGAUGCUGCGCUGUUCUGCUUUUUAUUUUAUUUAUUUUUUGCCCUCUUCACACUUGUUUUUCUGGUUUAGGGGAAUGCUGACGUGUGGAGAGGGCCUCAGAUUAAAGUGGAACUAAACACCUAAACUCCGCCACAAACACAGCCCAAAAAGAAAUGUAAAACUGGGCAGGGCCUAGAGGGCUAAACAGGACAGAGACAGGGAAAGGAGGGGCCAGUUAUAGAGGACUAAAGGGAAGGAGAGGUGGGGUCUAGAGUACAGGGCUAAAGGGGAGAAUAAGGAAUAAAGGGGGAGGAGGGGCGGGGUCUGGAGGACUAAAGGGAGAGUGAGAUGGAAAGAAGGGGCUGGUUCUAGAGGACUAAAGGGGAGGAGAAGCGAGGUCUAGACUAGAGGACUAAAGGGAAGAGGGAAAGAAGGGGCCAGUUCUGGUGAACGAAAGGGGAGAAGCAGGAUCUAGACUAGAGGACUAAAGGGGAGAAUGAGGGUGAAGGAGGGACAGGGUCUGGAGGACUGAAGGGGAGCAAGGGUGAAGUCUAGACUAGAGAACUAAAGAGGAGGAGAGGUGGAGUCUGGAGGGCUAAAGGGGAGCAGGGGUGGGGUCUAGACUAGAGGACUAAAGGGGAGGAGAGGUGGAGUCUGGAGGGCUAAAGGGGAGGAGGAGCAGGGUCUAGACUAUAGGUAUAAAGGGGAGAGGAGGGGCAGCGUCCUGAGGCCUAAAGGGGAAAAUAAACAUUUUUUUAAAAAAAAGUUGAUUAGUGUUUAGUCCCACUUUAACAGAACUUGGCAAAUGUCCAAAGAAAUCUCUUACAGGCCAGAGGUCACUGGUAUUUUUUUUUGGUAUAUUUGUUCCAUUUUUCUUUGUCCCUCAAAUUUUGGGAGUACAGAAUCUUAGUAUCAUUCAUUCCCAUCUGCAAGUAUGUAGGAUCUCAGCCUCAGAAUUGUGUUUGUUAACAUUUUAUUCAAGGAAACAUCAUGGUUCCAAAAAUCUAACAUAAACAAACCAGUUAUAAAUAAUUGGGUUCAUCUAACUGCAGCUUGUCAGCCCAUUCAAAUAAACAAAACUAGUUUGCUUGAACAAUCUUACUAUUUCUUGCUUCAGUAAACCUAAGUGAGAAAUAGGAAAUAUAUGUAGUGUUUUGGACGUCUCCUUACAUAGGAGAUAAUAAUGAAUGCAACAAAUAUGCAAAAAAAAUGCAAAUUAUUUUCUCUGCACUGUAAGAAAUGAAGAGUUCCUAUGCAAAAACAGAGAAGUGCCAUUUGAAAAACUAAUUAUUGUACUCUUAGUGUUUUAAUAUUUUCAAAAGCCAAGUGUAUUUUAGUGUUAUCAAAAUAUACAAAAAGGUUUUUUGUUUUUUUUUUCCAAAACGGAUCUGUUUUUGCAAUUGAACUCUUCAAAUUAUUAUCCUGAUUUGAAACCGCUUUGACUCACACUGAGAUUUGCGCUGCCCCCUAGUGUUGUACUGUUGUAAACUUGCUAAAGCCAUUGUGGUGGACUGUUCCCUUUUCAGCAUGGGUUAUAUUUUUAUAGACAAUAUUUAUAGCGAAAUAUGUCAAAUUUAACAUGUGAAUAGUGCAUUGUGUAACUUUUCUGGUGAAGGGUCCAUCAAAUGCUUUUUUCCAUAGAGACGUUAUUGAUUCGUGGAAUGUUUCACGAUAUGGCAUUAAACCUUUCUAUCUUCAUGAAGCCCAAACUAGAACAAGUUACAGAUCAGAUCUGCGCAGAGACAACCCCACUCAGUCAGAAUGCCUGUUUUUUAGACAUUUUUGAGCUGUAAAGCCACUUGUGAUUUAAUAAAUGUAAAGUAGAGCUGUUUAAUGUCAUACUGUGGAACAUUCCAGGCAGAGCAAUGACAUAUCCAUAGAAACAAGCAGUUGACGGACCCUCAGCAAAAAAGUAACAUAUUGCAGCUUUAAGAAGGGUAAACUUGGAAAAGCAAAAGAUUUAGUCUAGUCUGUAAUAACUAUGACUUCUAUUUUUAUACUUGUGUCUUUACAGAUGAAUGCAUAUACAGUAUAUAUAUUACCAGUUAUGGAGACGCCUUAUCUUGCUGGGAGUGAUCUUGGUAAAAUAUUCCAAGCAUGAGCGGUUUAAGCCAUUUUGAUUGGAGCUUUUUCUCACCAGCAGAACAAAGAGAAUGUUUCUUUUCUAACAAAUGAUGUUGUUGUGCUUUCUGGUUAAAAUAUGUGAGAUUUUACUAUUUAAAAAACUAUAUUGUGAUGGGCUGCUUCAAUAAGGACAUAGUUUUUCUGUAUUGAAAGACUUUCUUAGACCUGGUUUAGGCUUGAUUUUUCUGGAGUAGACCUGUUUGUAGUCUGAGUUUAGUCAUGGUUUAGUUUAGUUUAGUUUUUUUUAGUCUUGGUUUUGUCCUGGUUUACACUUCUGGGUGGGUUCUGGGUUUGUCUGAAGCAGCCCCUCUCUCUUGUUGAUUGUUGCAGUAUACAUGCUAACUGUUUUUAAAUCUUAUAUUGUGAAUAUUUUAGGAAUAGUCCAGAAUCUUGGGUCAACAUCCACCAUUUUCUGUUGACAAUCUUUAGUUUGUUUAAAAUUUAACAAAUUAUUUCUCAAAACUCACUUAUUUACUUCAUAAUUUUGCAGUGAAAGUAAAAAGAUGCUACUUAAAAAGAGGGUAUUUUACUUCUAUGGGGUAUUAACUUUUAACACAUGACAUAUUUAGAUCACCGUGUUACAUUUUAUUGUUUUCACUUUUGUUUUGAUGCUCUGUAGUUUACUCUCUGCACUAAGUCACUCCCCAUUCAGAGCCCUGUCACCGCACAAUCAGCGUACAUCUCGCUCAUGAAACUACUGCACAUCGCAUCAGGUUUUGGAUUGUGAAGUUGUAGCGUACUGUUUUGUAUUGUACAUGCGAGAGAGAUCACUAGAUUAUUCAAACAUGCAUGGAUGACAUCUAAAACCUCCUUUUUAACGAGGGAACAACGUUAUAACAUGGUAAAAAUCUCCAAAAAUUUGAUUUAAACUCAUCAUUCCAUAAUCGGCACUGUUAGGCAAAUAUAUUUAUUUUAUUGUAAAAUAGACAUUGAAGUUUGCUCAAAUUACGUUUUUUCUUUAAAGGUGCACUGUGUAACAUUUUGGCCUGGGGUUCGUGGCCUGCUUGUUUCUAUGGAGAUGUUAUUAAGCUGCUUACUGUGCCACAAUAUGACAGUAAACAGAUCUACCUUACAUUUAAUAAAUUACAGGUGGGUUUAUAGCUCAAAAAUACCUUGAAAAAUGGGCAUUCUGACUGUGAGCAGCGUUGCCUCUCCACAGAUCUGACCUGUAAUUUGGUCUGGUUUGGUGUUUAUAAAGAUGUAAAGGUUUAAUACCAUACUGUGACACAUUGCAUCUCCAUGGGGAAAAGCAUUUGACUGACCUUCCACCAGAAAAGUUGCACAAUGUACCUUUAACUAAACGCGAUAGUCAGUACCUUCAUACCUUUUACCACUGCAAUCAUGUUCUGCGUCUUAUCUUUUAUAGACUCAAUUUCCCAUGAUCCUCAACUCUGGACUAAGUUGUAUCUUGAAUUGUAAACUCUUCUUCUUUUGUGUAAAUACCCAAAUGUUACUGUAUAGUCUCAUUAUAUCUGUCCUGCCCUCUCAGCCAAUCAGAGAGGAGUUCUGCUGCCCGGCCUUGUCCUUGCUCAGCUUUCAUUGGCUGGUUUAUUGUAAAAGGGCGGGGCCUGCCUUUAUUUUGUGGCAGCAGAAGGGGCUUUACUGGAAAGAGAAGUUAUUUUUAUGAACUGACUGUAUUUGAUGGUUUAAAAAAUGUUGUUUUCUACAAAAAAUUAAACUAUUUUGUUCUGUACAAGUCUGCA